AUGUCGACAACAACCGGCGCAUUCAUUGCAGGCGGCAUUGCAGCUUGCGGCGCCGUCACUGCAACACACCCCUUCGAAACAGUAAAAAUCCGGUUACAAUUACAAGGAGAACUGCAGUCAAAGGAUCUGGCAGUAAAAAAAUAUAAAGGUGUCUUUCAUGGCGUUGGAGUCAUUGUCAAGAAUGAAGGGAUUCGAGGAAUCUAUCGCGGCAUUGGGUGCGCAUAUGUCUACCAGAUCCUCCUCAAUGGCUGCAGAUUGGGCUUCUACGAACCGCUGAGAGCCGCAGGCUCAAAACUUAUUUUCAAGGAUACGAAUGUCCAAUCUCUUGGUGUCAACAUCUUUUCGGGUGCAGCUUCAGGAAUUCUUGGUGCUAUGGCUGGCUCGCCCUUUUUCCUGGUGAAAACUCGACUACAGUCAUAUUCGCCCUUUCUCCCAGUCGGGACGCAGCACAAGUACCGCAACGCUUUGGACGGUGUUAGACAGAUCUACACGACGGAGGGGGUUCGGGGCUUGUAUCGAGGGAUGGGCGCUUCCAUGGUCAGAACCGGUGCUGGAAGCUCCGUACAAUUACCAACAUAUUUUUUCGCAAAACGACGAUUAAUGCGUCAUGCUGGUAUGGAGGACGGGCCUGCCUUGCACUUGCUGAGUUCAACGGCGAGUGGCUUCGUGGUUUGCUGUGUGAUGCAUCCUCCGGAUACCGUAAUGGCUCGAUUAUACAAUCAACACGGCAAUCUUUACAGCGGGAUUUUUGAUUGCUUGUACAAGACCAUCAAAACAGAAGGACUCCUUAGCGUGUACAAGGGGUUCACGGCUCAUUUGGCUCGUAUAUUGCCUCAUACAAUCCUGACUUUGAGUUUGGCAGAGCAAACGAAUAAGUUCGUGCGUGGCAUCGAGACGCGGAUUCUGCCAGAGGCCCUGAAGGACAAGUUAUGA